ACCAUACGACAGGUAUUAGUCAGUGGUACGACAUGUGUAUAUAGACAGAAGCUUGACCGACCUAUUGUAAGCUUUACUGCUUGGCAAGUGACAGCCUCGUCGGUCUUCUCGCUGCUCACCACGCGCAUGAUUGAACUCCUGGCUGUCCAUUUUUUAACCCCGUCCUCCAAAUCCCUAGAGAACGCCAACCGGCUGUUUGCCGUCAUGGAUGCCAGAUCUGGGAGUGCAACGGCGGAAUCGAAACACCAGCGAGAGCGAGCCUAUGACACAAGCGCGAAUCCAAGCUCAGGCGGAGUAGCCACCACUUUGAUGGAUUACUUUGACCAAUCCGACAUCGCCUCUGGCACGUCUUCCAACGUCUUUGUGUAACUCAUGCACACGCGAUGGUCAACUCAAACCAAUCUCGUGACAUGUCGUCCUUUUCACU